AUGUCGAUGGCUCCGCCCGCCGCGCGAAGGAAAUCUGACGCCGCCGCCGAGCGGCGGCGGCAGCUCGAGGAGUGGAAGAAGAAGAAGGAGGCGCAGCGGAAGCGCCAGUCGACGGGCGGGCGCAGCUCCCUCGGUGGGGCGGCCUCGUCCCGCCCGUCGGUGAGCGGCGUCUCCGACGCAUCCAACGCUCGGAGGAUCUCAUCCGGGUCCGUGGCGCACGGCACGCCGACGUCCCGACUGCACGCCGCGCGCGAGGGGGUUCAGCAGUGGGAUAAGGAUAGACGCGUGAGCGCCAAGCUCGCGGUGAACGACGCCGCCGCGCGUCGCAAGAAGUCCGUCUCCCCCGCGACCGCCGCGACGACUCGCGCGCCAUCGUCCUCCUCGGGUAAGAAGAAGGCGGCGCGCGGGACCCCGUCCCCGCCCGUCGCCGUGCGCGCCUCCGCGAAGGAGAACACCCCGCCCGAGGGCAAGGCGCUCGUACCGUCCCCGGAGGCGGUCUCGGCGUUCGUCGCGAGCCUCAGGUCCGUGGACGUCUCCUGCCACCACAGCCCGAGCAUCAAGCACCUGAGAUCCGGCGGCGGGCCCGCGAUGGCGGCGACGUCGUGGAUGAACGCACACACGCGGCACUCCUCACCGCCCGGGAUGUCCACGCCCCGCAGCGGCGUGAGUCGCGUGUCGAGGCCAGUCGCAUUACCGGAGGAGAAGGACCGAUCGUACCCGAGGAGCGCUCUCGCGACGAAGGACCCCGGCCCGUCCCCUCGGUCCGUUGCCGUCGCGGAGGAAAAGGCGAAGGCAGAGGCGAAACACUCGGAGCUCGAGACGCAAAUGCGCCGACUCGAGGCGGAGAAGGAGGCGAUGCGGUCCAACCUGGCGCUCCUCGGGGUCAAGAUGAGCGAUCUAGAGGCCUCGGCGACGCGGCAUAGGGAGGAUUUGGAGCGGGAGCGGGCCGCCGCGGCGGAUGCAGCCGCAGCGCUCGAGGCGGCGCGGCUUGAAAAAAUAGCCGCCGUCGAGGAGAAGGAGUUUACCAUCGAGGCGCAGGCUGGCAUGCUGCAGCAGCUCAGCUCCGAGCUCGAGCGCGCGGAGAAGUGCAGGGAGGAGGCCGAGCGGGCCAAGUCGAGCAAGGAUGACAAGCUGGCGCGGCUGCAACUGGAGCUUGAAAAGUGCGCAAAGGAACUGGCGCAGAAGCAGCACCAGAUUCACCAGAUGCAAUCCGGCGGCGACAUCAUGGGCCGCGACUCGCUCGGCAGCAGCGUCGGCCGCGUCUCCCUCGGCGGCGGCAGAAGGUCAUCCGUCUAUGGCGGCGGACAGGACGUCAUGGAGGACCUGCGACAGGCGGAGAGCGUCGCGAGGCUGAGUCAGGAGCGUCUGAUGGAGCUCAUCGCCGCGAAGCAAGCCGCCGAGCGCGAAGCCGCCGACGCCCGCGCCGCCGCGGCCAAGUGGGAGUCCGAGGUGAGCCAGCGACGGAACGAGGUGGAGAUGAUGCAGGAGGAGCUGGAGGCGUGCCUCGAGGUGGAGCGACAGGAGCGACGCAAGGCUGAGGAGCUGUACGAGAUUGCCAAGGAGGAAAAAAACAGCCUCGAGCGAAUCGUCGCCGCGAGGGCUGAGGAGAUUUCCACUUUGGAGGAGAGGCUCGUGGAGGCCACCGCGGCGGCUGAGGAGAUCCGCGCGGGCAUCGAGGAGAGGGACCAGCUCCUCAGGGACGGCGACGCCGUGCUGGAGGCGAAGGAGGCUGAGCUCGACGAAGCUGCCGCGUACGCCCUCUCGCUGCAGAGGGAACUGGACGAGCUCAGAGCGGAGCAGGAACGGAUGCGAGCAGAACGGGACGCCGGUUCACCGCCGCGGCCGUCCGAGGAGGAGAACGCGCGCAACAAGGAAGCGCUCAUCCUCCAUCUCAAGUCCGAGAACGAGGCGCAGGUGCGAGCCGCGCAGCAGGAGAUUGACACGUUGCGGUUCCAGCUAGAGGAGCGUGACGUGGCGGUUUCAGACGCCGAGGGCCGGCUCGCCGAGCGAGAGGCUGAGUGCGCGAAGCUCCAGAGCGAGGUUUUCGCGAAAUCCAACGCGCUGUCGCCGCUGAGGCAGCGUGCGGACGCGGCGCAAAACGUGUUGAACGCGAUGGAGAAGGAACUCGAUUCCAGGGACGCUCAGCUCAAGACGGUGACCGAUCAGCUCAUGGCGGCUAUGUCCGCGGAGAAGCGCCAGACCCGGGCGGUGGCGCGACUGGAGAUGACCUUAGCGGAGCGCGAGGAGACGGUUCGCAACAUGGGCGAGCAGCUCAAGGAGGUCUCCACGAAGGCGGGUUUGGCCUCCGCGGCGAAGCGGGAGCGAGACCAGUACGCCGAGAUGUUCGAAAACGCCGAACGGGCCAGGCAGACGCUGGAGCAUUCGCUCGCGUCCAACAGGGACGAAAACGUUCGUAGGCUCCACCUCGCCGAGCAGGAACGGACCGCCGCGCUGUCCCGAGCGGAGGCACUCCAGGCGGCGGUCUCCAGCAAGGAGGCGCAGCAGCAGUCCCUGGUGGAGAAGGCUGCCGCGGCGGAGCGCGCGGCAGAGUUUGAGAGGACCAAACUCGCGGGUCUCGCCGCCGCCGCCGACGAAGCGGUGGAAAACGCAAACGCGCAGGUGAUUGAAACACGCGCAGAAUUGGAGGGACAGAUGCUCCAGAUGCGAACCGAGCUCGGACAUAAGCUGGAAGAAGCCGAGGCACGGGCUGUGGAGGCGCAAUCCGCCGCGGAGGCGAAAGUGAGGCUGGCUGAGUCGCAGCUCAAGGCUUCACGCGAGGAGAUUUCCCGGCUGAAGGAGGAAACGGAGCUCGCGCGGCGCUCCGCGGUGUCGUCCGACGUCGACCGGCAGUUGAGGCAGCGACUCGAAGGCGACAUACACGUCGCCAAGACCAAUGCCGCGUCCGCUAACGUGCGCUACGAGGAGGCGCGCAAGGCUCUCAAAGCGGCGGAGACGCGAUCGCUCGAGAUUGAAGGGAGGCUUCGCGCCGCCGAACGGGAACUUCACUCGGAGCGCCGCGAUAAGGAGGAGAGACUGGCAGUCGCCGCGAAGAUCCAGGCCGAACGCGACGAAGCCGCCGCGCACGCCACGCGCGAGCUCGAGGGGAGACUUUGCGCCGCGGAGUCCGCCGCCGCGUCGGGCGCCGAGGAGGUGGAACGACUCAACGCGGCGGUUCUCAUGCUUCGGUCCGAGGUUGCAAACGCGGGGGUUGGGUCGAACGAGGCGAGCGAGAAGAUCGCGAGGCUCGAGAACGUACUCGCCGCCGCCGGCGAGUCGGUCGCCGCCGCCAAGGCUGAGGCUGCGGAUUACAAGUCCAAGGCUGACGACACCGAGAAGGAGAGCCUGUUUUUUCUGGGCGAGAUGCAGGUGGCGGUUGCCAGCGCGGAGAAGAAAAUCGUCGCGCUGCACAAGACGGUGGCGUCGCGUGACCUGAAGCUCUCGCAGCUCACCGCCGAGGUGAAGGCUCUCAAGGAGGUGCUCAGGGACAGGGAGGAGAAGCUCGAGAAAGUCGACGCGCAGACGGCGGCGCUCAAGAAGGCACACGCGGAGGAACUUGAGUCGCUGAAGGGCGAGGGUGACGGUCACUCGAUCAUGCUCGAGAUGGAGAACACGCAGCUUCGCGAAAAUUUGGAGGAGAAGCGGUCCAAGCUCAAGCGGCUCCAGGAGGACCUCGGCCUGGCGUCCGAGAAGAACAGGAGCCUGUUCGAUCAGUGCGAACGAGCCAGGGCGGCGCAGUCCAUCGCCGAGGAAACCGCCGCGGACGCGUUGAAGGUGCGCGACGAGUUUGCCGCGGCGAUGAAGAGCCAGCACGAGACAAACCAGCGCGCAAACGCCGCCGCCGACGAGGCGCACAAGCUCCACGUCGAGGAACUGGAAGAUGAGCUCCAGUACGAACGAACCCGCGCCAAAGCGCUGGCCCGCGCGGCGUGGAAGCACGGCUUGAGGCCGGCCGACCUCAACAACGACGCGGGGGCCGCGCUCGAGGAGUUGGUUGGCGAGGAGAUGUCGGCGGCUUCGCCGCAGACCAGGAUCGAGUGGAUGACGGAGAAUGCGACCAAGAUCAAUUUCGCCAAGUUCAAGUCCAGCGUCGAGAAGGUCGCCGCGGAUAAGCGGCACAACCUCGCGAGCACGCCAAUCGGUGCCGAGCGCCCCAUGCUCCUCUCGCAGCUCGUGAGCUCGGUGAAGAAGGCUGCGCCGAUUCCCGCCACCGUCACGCCCACUGCGCAGCCCCGAGCGUUGGCGUCUGCGUUGGCGAACAAGGAGAACGGUUCCGUGAACGGGUUCACGCCAUCGCCCGCCGCGGCUAGGUUGAAGCGUUCGAAGAUGGGCAACGAGAGCGAUGCUGAGAACGCGAUACCCGGGUCGGGAAAGAUGGAGAUGACCGUCGGGGACGAUCGAAGGUUGACCAGACGAAUGUCCAGGCGCGAGGCUCUCACCGAGCUGCGGACCGGCGACUGA